UAAAAGAAGCCCGCGGACCUCUGACAUGAGUGUGACAUCGGAACCUAAUUUCCAUGCCAUGUUCCAUGAACGACCAGUUGCAGCCUGACACGGAUGAAGAAAAGUCUAGAAAUGAAUGAAGCAACUCCACAUUUUGGAAUUGCGACUGUUACAUAGUCUGGCCUCGCGGACGACUGAAGCUCCACGUACUACCAACCUCUGACCUUUAUUUUGAUGCGUUUCCCCAUUGAGGAGAACAUUUUACAUGAUGAAAUUUAAGACCAACAAGACCAGGACGUACGACGGCGAAGGGUUCAAAAGACGAGCAGCUUGUUUGUGUUUCAGCAGCGAAUCCGAAGAUGAGGUGCUACUGGUGAGCAGCAGCCGAUACCCGGACCGAUGGAUUGUGCCAGGGGGAGGAGUGGAGCCUGAGGAGGAACCCUAUGGAGCUGCUGUCAGAGAAGUUUAUGAGGAGGCUGGGGUCAAGGCAAGGCUUGGCAGACUUCUGGGAAUUUUUGAGGACAGAAAGCACAGGACACACGUCUAUAUCCUCAUUGUCACGGAGAUGCUGGAGGACUGGGAGGACUCCGUCAACAUAGGAAGGAAACGUGAGUGGUUCAAAGUUGAUGACGCCAUCAGGGUACUGCAGAGCCACCGACCUGUCCAUGCCGAAUACCUGCACAGAUUCAAGAACACCCGUAACUCCACCUGCAGCCCACUGUGUCACCCAAGUAACGGCAACGCACCGGGCUCCCAAGUGAUGGACAGCAACACUCCUUCCUCACUACGUUGUUAGUGCCGCACAAACCUCUCGUCAAUUGAGAAUUAUGAAGUACUCCAAGAUGGACUUACCUGAAACACACUGUUACCUAAAUGACUUGCAGUUUUAGACCAUGAAGUACGGACGCUAAUGACACUGAUUUGAAACCCAUUUUGAGGUGGGCUUGUAGAGUGACAAAUUGUUUUUCAAUAAUGGCUACAGAUGUAUGUUUAUUUUUAUAGUGAUCAUCACCAACUGUGUGUCCCUUUUAAUGCUUUCUCUUUAUUUUUAGAGUGUUGCGUCUGCACUUUAAAGGUCAUUUUUAUUCUUGAUUAAUAAUACAGUAUUUGAUUGUUGCUGUUGCCAGUGUUUGCUUGGUUUCCUGGUGCUCAGUACUGAGAAGUGCUACCUCUCAGAGGAAGUCAUAAUGCUCAAAGUGCCUUGUUGACAAAUUAGCAGAGUAUAUCAUGUGCUUGAAAGAAAACCAAACUAGUUUUGUGAACUGCGAAGAUACAGAGUGACUUAAAAUAACCUAAAGUAAACUAUAGCUAUUAAUAUUAACAUUAGAAUCACAUCUGAAUUAAGUAAAAAAUAAAAUCACUUCAAAUGCUGCGUACAAUGUUUCCCAAAAAUGUGCAUCAUCUGAAUUGGGAAUAUCUGAGUAACUAAAUAAAACAUUUAUUUAUCAAAA